ACUAAGCAUCGGUUACCUUGUUCAGUCAAGGUUUCUCACGCGUUGAACCUUGACGCUUUUCCGCCACAUUCACGCAUUCUUACACUCAACUUACACACACUUUUCUUUCUUUAAUCCAAAAACCACUUUCCACGCAACAUCUUCACACCCUUCUCCCUUCUUCAUAUAAAACCUCACUCUUCACACACCCUUUUCCAAACCCAUCAACCAUAACAAAAUUCAAAAUCAACUUCCAAAGCUAGUCAGUCUCAAAGUUUAAAUCUUGAAAUAUGGGUGUGUUCAGUGAAGACCUCAAUCCAAUUGUGAUACGUGAAGUAUGGGCAUCGAAUAUAGAAUCUGAAUUCGAACUCAUCCGAGAGUUAAUUGAUCGCUACCCUUUUAUCUCCAUGGACACUGAGUUUCCUGGAGUGAUUUUCCGGCCGCAGGUUGAUCCUACCAAACCCUACAACCACCACACUCGCCGCCCUGCCGACCACUACCGUCUCCUCAAGACCAACGUUGACGCGCUCAACCUCAUCCAGGUCGGCCUUACACUGUCUGACUCAGCCGGCAACCUCCCUGGCGAUGCCGGAAAUCGCUUCAUCUGGGAGUUUAAUUUCCGCGACUUUGACGUGGCGCGUGAUGCUUACGCGCCGGACUCCAUCGCACUUCUCCGCCGCCAGGGGAUCGACUUCGAGCGCAACACCACCAACGGUAUUGACUCAACUCGCUUCGCGGAGCUGAUGAUGUCUUCAGGACUCGUGUGCAACGACGCCGUGAGCUGGGUCACCUUCCACAGCGCUUACGAUUUCGGGUAUUUGGUUAAGAUCCUUACCCGACAGGAUUUACCGACCCGGUUGGAGGAAUUUUUAAACGUUGUGAAAGUGUUCUUUGGAGACAACGUUUACGAUGUGAAGCACAUGAUGAGGUUCUGUGAUACACUCUACGGUGGUUUGGAUCGGGUUGCUCGGACGCUUAACGUGGACCGCGCCGUAGGGAAGUGCCACCAGGCUGGGUCAGACAGCUUACUGACCUGGCACGCGUUCCAGAAGAUUGUGGAUCUUUAUUUUGUUAAGGAUGAACACCAAAAACAUGCUGGUCUAACUUUCUGCUUUAAUGCAAAUUCAAGCUUGACUAUUAAGCAAAUUAAAGUGUUAAGCAAGCCUACUGUUGGCUAUUGCCAGAGAUAUAUUUUUGAGUUGGUGUUGCUUAGUAGAGUUAACAGAAUCCAAGGGUUCCUGCGGCUAAACUCUUGGUUAAAGUUCUUGCAAACAAAUUCUACCAGCAUGCCAUUUUUCAGACUCAUCAUAAUAUGUUUUUAAAGUAGUAUGUUGGUUGUUCAAACUGGUAUGACAUUUAGCUAUUGGUUAAGUUAAAUUAGAUUAAAAGUUUAUUAUUUGUCGCUAUUUUCAAGAUAUGUUAUGUGUAUGGAUUGUUUUCUUCACACCUGCAGCUUUCUAAUAGUGUAUUUCAUUAUCCCCUUAUUUCAAAUGGUUGUGGCACUGAGCAAAAUAUACUUGUGAUUGUUGUAUGAUCUUAAGGAAAUCUAUGUUUAUGAGUCAAAGAAUCUGCUGAUUGCAGGAGCGGACUCUGAAGUUACUUUUAAGGUUUCUUUAAAGAAUUCCUAGUUUCAUGGACUCAGAUACGAGACAAGUUGGCAUAAUAUGCAUAUGUUUUUGUUUAAUGCUUGCGUUGUUUGACCACUUACUUCCUUGAACUUUGCAACUUGUAACUUAGGUUUAUUUUUAAUUGGAUUUUAUUUUCUAAAUUUAGUACUAUCAGUUUAGCUUCCUUUUCUGAUACCACAUAAUGGUUUCUUGGA